AUGUGGGACCGGCUGCGAACGACACAAAAGGAUGGCGCUCCGUCGCCUCUAGAGCGCCGCCAGAGGAAGCAGCAGGACUGGCAAAACCCGCCGUCGCGCAACCCAUACGGAUACUCGUUCAGCAUCAAGGGAGGACCUGCGCCGCCGCGGCCACCGAGGGACUUUGACCAACAGCAGCAGCAUCAGCAGCAGCAGUCGCCGCCGAUCGAGCAGCAAGGAGGACAACAACAGCAGCAGCAGCAAUACCAGACGUCAGCGCCGGCCGUCCAGGCUCCUCGGUAUCCGCCGCAAGCCAGCCGCGACUCGUAUCGCAACUCGGGCUACGGCCGACCAGCCUCGUCCAUAUACUCGCAGCCGUCGCCGGCCGCGGCUACAUUUGCUGCGCAACAGCUCCGAGACGACGUUUAUGGUGGGCCGCACGAGGUCUCACCACCGAGCUCACCUGACGAGUUGACACCAAGGCAUGGGUCUCGCCCAUACGACCGUGGCGACGUCUCUCCUAUCGAAGAACCAGAUAACUCGCUCUACAUUAUGGACCGCGCACCGCCUAGUCAGCCAGACCAUGGCGCCAGUAGCAUACCGAUGAUGCGCCGAGAGCGCCGCAAGCACUCGGAUGCCGCCAUGCGCGCAUUGCAGGAGUCCAAGUCUCGGGAGCGGCUGAGGCAGCCUCGGCCGCACGGGAGUGAUGUCCGUUGGGAUCCUAGCACUGGCGAGCCCACGACUAGCAACAAAGGGCGCCCGUCGCAGAUCAACCCUCAUCAUUACGUCAAGGAUUUAUCGAGUGCCAAAGCUCCGACCGGCGCUCCCAGAGCGACGGGUCAGCAGCCGAUCAGCCCGUUCGGUGUGCGUCUGAAGCCGGCUCAGCGCAAGACCGCCGAGAGGCCGGAGCCGGAACCGGCGCCCCGGCCCGAAUGGCGAGGAGGCAGUGGGCGAACCGCGUUGGUCGCGCCUGUGAACGACAAGAACGACGUGACGCCUCUGAAUAUCCCGCGAAGGAGCAGCAAGCGGGUCGCCCGCGGGCCGGGUGUGCUGUCCCCUGUCAGCUCUCUGGAUUCUGAAACGGCGUCUCCCCCACCACAUCGAGGUGCGCCCAUGGGUGUAGACGAGAACAGAUCCCCGCAGGGUACGAUACGCAACGUAGUUCCAUCGGCGCAGCAUGUCCCAGCCAAGACAGAUAACGACUUCAGCACCCAGUCCUCAUACCCAAGCCCACCUUUAUCGGACGGUCGUCCUGUGCCCAACAGGACAACACCACAGCAGCCGCCGCGCAAGCCCGUCCAGGCCCCUCCCCCUCCCACUCACCUGCCAUCGCCGCAGUCUCUGUACCCUCCCAACGAGAAGGCCAUUCGAAGAAAGCCACCGACAGGCCCGAGCCACAACCCGCAGAUUUCGACGUCCUCGUCGGUCUACUCACAGCAAGACGUACCUUCGGCCCCCGCGCCUCGUGCCGACGACUGGGCUCAGCCUCCGUCCCGAUUCAGCGUGACCACAUAUGCGACUUCCGCGCACACAGAGAGUCCCAGGCCGUCAGUAGAUGACGACGCGCCUCCCCUCCCGACGCCCCCGCGCCAGUUCACAGAGUCGCCAAAGCCGGCUCCUGGUAGUUCAGUUCUCGACCGGAAACGCCCUGUAGUCAAGGGCUACGAGGAAGCACCAAAGAGCCCCGCACCGCCGCAGCCCAUCAAAAUCAACAUGGAUUCUCCCUACUACGUUCCGGCAAACCCCAGAAGCCGGCCCUCAGGCCCGCGACCGGUUCCCUACGGAAACCAUAGCACGCUCUCCGUGGCCUCGGUCUCGUCCGCCGACAAGAUACUUCCCUUGGCACCCCCGGAGGAGACGGCCCGCGACCGUGUGACGCAGCUCAACGCCAAGCUUGAAGCCCUCGGCAACCGCAGGAUCAACAUCAACCAGGCCAUCAAGCAGAUGACGGAGCUCAUGCCCACGGACAACAUCCUGGCAUCCGAGGCCGUGAUCCGGAAGCGCGAGGCAGAGAAGCGCAAGGUCGAGGUCCUCAAGACCGAGCUGGCUGACGUGCAGCGGGAGGAGUACGAGCUUGGCCUGAAGCUGCACCGGGCGUACAAGCGCCUGGACCGCGAUGCCGAGUACGAGCCCACGGGCUUGUGGGUGCGACGGGUUACCGGGUGA